UAUAAAUAUUUAUAUCUGUAGAGAGAGAGAGACACAGAGAGCUAUUCAGAGAGAGAGAGAGAGAGAGAGAGAGAGAGGAAAUGGAGGGCAUAGAGGAAGAAGAGAGCGGAGAAAAGGAGGUGUUAGGGUCAAGCUUGACGAUGGAGAAAGUGGCGGCGGCUAAACAGUUUAUUGAGAAUCAUUAUAGAGCUCAGACGAAGAAUAUUAAAGAACGCAAAGAAAGACGAUGGAUCCUGGAGAGAAAGUUAGCUGCUUCAGAUGUGCCCAAGGAGGAACAGAUCAAUCUUAUAAAAGAUUUAGAGCGGAAAGAGACAGAGUUUAUGAGACUUAAAAGGCACAAGAUUUGUGCGGAUGAUUUUGAUCUUUUGACCAUUAUUGGCAGGGGAGCCUUUGGUGAGGUUCGCUUGUGUAGGGAGAAGAAAUCUGGAAAUAUUUAUGCAAUGAAGAAGUUAAAGAAAUCCGAAAUGCUUAUGAGAGGACAGGUGGAACAUGUUAGAGCUGAGAGGAACUUGCUGGCAGAAGUUGCGAGCCACUGCAUAGUAAAACUUUAUUAUUCAUUUCAGGAUGCUGAAUACUUAUAUUUAAUCAUGGAAUAUCUUCCUGGUGGUGAUAUGAUGACACUGCUGAUGAGGGAGGAUACCUUAACUGAAAAUGUGGCUAAGUUUUACAUUGCUCAAAGUGUCUUGGCCAUCGAGUCUAUUCACAAACAUAAUUACAUUCACAGAGACAUUAAACCUGACAACCUUCUUCUGGACAAAAAUGGUCACAUGAAGUUAUCAGAUUUUGGCCUUUGUAAGCCUCUUGAUUGUAUGACUUUACCAGCAAUCCAUGAGAAUAAGCCCAUGGAUGAUGAAAAUAUGACAGAACCUAUGGACAUUGAUGGAUGUAUUCCUGAUGCGGAUAAUAAGAGCAGUUGGAGAAGCCCUCGUGAACAGCUUCAGCAUUGGCAGAUGAAUAGAAGAAAGUUGGCAUUUUCAACUGUGGGAACGCCUGAUUACAUUGCUCCUGAAGUGUUACUGAAGAAAGGAUAUGGCAUGGAAUGUGACUGGUGGUCACUAGGAGCGAUAAUGUAUGAAAUGCUAAUUGGAUAUCCACCAUUUUAUUCAGAUGAUCCAAUUACCACAUGCAGGAAGAUUGUGCAUUGGAGAAAUCACCUAAGAUUUCCUGAAGAUUCUAGGUUGAGUCAUGAGGCAAAGGAUCUCAUAUGUAGAUUGCUGUGUGAUGUUGAGCACAGACUGGGUACUGGCGGGGCAAACCAAAUCAAAGCUCAUCCUUGGUUCAAGGACGUUGUGUGGGAUAAACUCUACGAGAUGGAGGCAGCAUUUAAACCUGAAGUCAAUGGGGAAUUAGAUACUCAGAAUUUUAUGAAGUUUGAUGAAUUGGAUAAUCCGGCACCAGCAAGAACUGGCUCAGGACCCUCUCGGAAGAUGCUAUUAACACCCAAAGAUUUAAGUUUUGUUGGCUAUACAUACAAGAACUUUGAUGCUGUCAAAGGGCUACGCCAUUCUUUUGAUUUCAAAAAUCCAUCAAUGGGACAGCCAUCUGUUGAUUCUAUAUACGGUGAUUCUGGGGUAGGUUAUUCUACUAAGUGCCCUGCCGAGGAAACAGAGGUGCAGAUGCUUGCAUCCACAGGUGAUCCAAUGUUGCCAUAAAGUAACUAUAGAGGAAACCUCUUACAUGGAUAUAUGGAUAUUUCUGCUUGUUUUAAGUUAGGCAAUCCUCCAAGAUCUGCAGUUCUUGUGCAGUGGCUGCCAUCAAAUUUGUAGAACCGCUUUGUUAAGUGUACAGAAGAAUUUAAGAAAAAAAAUUUAAAAUCCAGUUCUGAGUUGACUGGUAGGGCAAAUGAGACUCUUUUUCAGCCUAAAAGGCUUUGUGUAUUAGAAAGUUAGAGCAGAGUUCUGAAACUUGAUGCACUGGCUGCCCAGGUUGGCUGUGGUAAAUUUGCCUUCUCUAGUGGCAGUUUCUGGUCAAAUUUUUAAUUGAUAGCAAACUCCUGAGAAACUCUAUAGUCAUUUUGGGAGCAAUGAUUCCCUAUUGUUGUGUGUAAACUAUUACUUUGAGCAAAAACUAAAAAAAUUAGCUGUGAGGAAGUAACAUCUUCUCAGUAAAUUGUUCAUUGUA